UGAGAAUAAUGUUCCUCCGCCAGUCAACAACAGACGUGCUGAACUGAAGGCGACACGAACACAUAACAUUAGAGCAUAAAUGAGUUAUGGACUAGUUUUCGGCUCAGUCCUCGCAGGAAGGCAGCGGACAUGGCUGCUGCUGUUCUACUCCUCGCUGCAGUCAGCUUUGCGUGUUUGACUGGAAACUUGGUCUCUGGAGGCAGAUCCUUCUCGAUAGACUACAAACGCAACUGUUUCCUCAAAGAUGCCAAGCCUUUUCAGUACAUCUCAGGCAGCAUUCACUACUCCAGAAUCCCACGGUACUACUGGAAGGACCGGCUUGUGAAGAUGUACAUGACCGGACUCAAUGCCAUCCAAGUGUAUGUGCCCUGGAACUUCCAUGAAACAGUACAGGGGGUCUUCAACUUCACAGGGGACCGAGAUCUGGAGCAUUUUCUGGAUCUGGCAAACCAAACGGGUCUCCUGGUCAUCCUGCGCCCGGGACCGUAUAUCUGUGCAGAAUGGGAAAUGGGCGGAUUGCCGGCCUGGUUACUUCAGAAGCCAAACAUCAUACUUCGUUCAGCUGACACAGAUUAUGUCCAGGCAGUCAGCAACUGGUUCGCCGUUCUUCUCCCCAAAAUAAAGCCGUGGCUGUACGUCAACGGAGGCAACAUCAUCACUGUCCAGGUGGAGAACGAAUAUGGAAGUUACUUUGCUUGUGACUACAACUACAUGCGUCACCUGCGGACUCUGUUCCGCUUGUUUCUGGGUGAGGACACAGUCCUGUUCACCACGGAUGGGAACACAGACAGGGAGAUGACCUGCGGGAGUCUGGAGGGAUUAUACGCCACGGUGGACUUUGGAACAAACAACAACGUGACUGACGCCUUCAAGCGGCAAAGGCGGUUUGAGCCCAGAGGACCCCUGGUGAACUCGGAGUUCUACACCGGCUGGUUGGACCACUGGGGGGAUCAGCACGCUGUGGUUGAUGCUCAGAAGGUCAGCAGAGUGCUAGCAGAAAUGCUAAGCAUGGGGGCCAACGUCAACAUGUACAUGUUCGAAGGAGGCACUAACUUUGGCUACUGGAACGGCGCCGAUCACGACACCAGGUUCCGCUCGGUGGUGACUAGCUAUGAUUACGAUGCCCCGCUGUCUGAGGCAGGAGACCCCACGGAGAAGCUGUUGGCCAUCAGAGACGUGAUCAAGCAGUUUAGAGAUAUUCCCUCUGGACCCAUGCCGCCGCCAACGCCCAAGUUUGCCUACGGCUUUGUGAACCUGAAGAAGGUUGGUAACGUCAGCGGCCUGUUGAACACGCUCUCCCCCCUCGGGCCGGUGGAGUCCCAGUAUCCUCUGACGUUUGAAGAGGUGAAGCAGUACUAUGGAUACAUGCUGUAUCGGACCACGCUGCCCAGGGACCUCUCGCAGCCCACGCCACUUAUCUCUCCACUGAAUGGGGUUCAUGACCGUGCAUAUGUGUCCGUCAAUGGGGUUUUUCAGGGCCUGCUGGAGAGGGACACCGCGCUUGUGACGAACAUCAGCGGACGGCAGGGGGACACCGUGGACGUCCUGGUGGAGAACAUGGGCAGGGUGAACUUUGGCAGCAAGAUUAAUGACUACAAGGGCCUCUUGAGUCAUCUGAUCCUGGGGAAAGACGUCCUGACUGACUGGAAGAUCUACCCUCUGGACAUCGACGGAGCCAUCGCAGGAGGAUGGCCUCAUUCAGACAGUCAGAAGAACUUCCCUGCCCCUAAGAAAGAACCUUCACUUGGGCCGGUCUUCUACAUGGGGACCUUACAGCCCAACGGCCUGGCUCGGGACACCUUUCUCAGGCUCAAUGAAUGGACCAAGGGCCAGGUUUGGAUUAAUGGCGUCAAUCUGGGACGAUAUUGGCCGGCCAGGGGCCCUCAACAGACUCUUUAUGUCCCCGGACCCCUACUCAGCACCGUCCUUCCCAACUACAUCACAGUGCUGGAGCUGGAGGGGGCACCAGCACACCAACGGGUUCUCUUCAUGGACCGGCAUCAGCUCAGCCCCACCGCUGGAAAGACAUGACAGAGUUCUGUGGCACAAAAUGUCCGACAUUCUGAAUGCUACAUCCCAGUGCCUGUUUGAAGCACUGCACAAGAAAUCAUUAGAGUGAUGUAGUCCUCUGAACAAUCCAGGCGCUUCGUUCUGCAUCACAUCUGUGGCCUCUUUUAAUCCUCCAUCACUUCAGAUUUCAGUGUUUGAUUUCCUCAUCAAUCAAAUGUCACCUGCUUCAACCUUUGACUCAGCAGCUUCAGUCAAUUAGUGAGUGUUAGAGGUUGAACCUUCACUGUAGAAAUAAUGACAACGGUAUACAAACAGUAUUAUAGUGUUUUAUUGCAUUUGCUUUGUUUCUCCGUUUGCAUAAUUGCAGAUAUUGUGAAUAAAUUAUACAUUUAUUA